UGUAAAGUCCAGUUACCAAAAUGACUCUCUUGCCCGGAGAGAACUCGGACUACGAUUACGGCGCCCUGAGCUGUGCGUCCGAUACCUCUUUCAACCACACCUUCUUCCCCGAGUCGCACUCGCUCAAGGGAGUGUUUUACCAAAGAGCCCGGCUUCUCCCCCCGCGAGAGGAUCUCUACCAGAGCACUCAGCCCGAGGACCGCAAACGCCACAUCAUCAUCAACGUGGGGGGCAUCAAGUACCUGCUGCCGUGGACCACCCUCGACGAGUUCCCCCUGACCCGGCUCGGGCAGCUCAAGUCCUGCACCAACUUUGACGACAUCCUGAACGUCUGCGACGACUACGACGUGACCUGCAACGAGUUCUUUUUCGACCGCAACCCCGGGGCCUUCCGGACCAUCCUGACCUUCCUGCGGGUGGGGAAGUUGCGGCUGCUGAGGGAGAUGUGUGCCCUCUCCUUCCGGGAGGAGCUCCUCUACUGGGGCAUCGAGGAAGGCAACCUGGAUUGGUGCUGCCAGCGCCGCUACCUGCAGAAGAUCGAGGAGUUCACGGAGAUGAACGAGAGGGAGGAUGACCUGCUGGAGAGCGAGAGCCUGGCGGAGGUGGCCGAGGAGGCCCGGGUGGGCCUGUGUAUGAAGGGGCUGAGGGACAUGGUGGAGAGGCCUCAGUCCGGGCUGCCGGGGAAAGUGUUCGCAUGCCUGUCUGUGCUAUUUGUGACCAUCACCGCGGUGAACUUGUCCAUCAGCACCAUGCCCAUCCUAAGAGAAGAGGAAGAACAGGGCAAGUGUUCCCAGAUGUGCUACAACAUCUUCAUCGUGGAAUCCGUCUGCGUGGCGUGGUUUUCCCUGGAGUUCCUGCUGAGAUUCGUUCAAGCGCCCAGCAAGUUUGCCUUCCUGCGGAGCCCCUUGACCCUGAUCGACCUAGUAGCCAUCCUCCCGUACUACAUCACCCUGGUGGUCGACACCACAUCCGUGGGCCACAAGAAGCCGAGCUCGGGCAACAGCUACCUGGACAAGGUUGGCCUCGUCCUGCGCAUCCUCCGUGCCCUGAGGAUCUUGUAUGUCAUGAGGCUGGCCCGCCACUCUCUGGGCCUGCAGACCCUCGGACUCACCGCCCGCAGAUGCACGCGGGAGUUUGGGUUGUUGCUGCUGUUCCUCUGUGUCGCCAUCGCCCUCUUCGCCCCGCUGCUGUACGUCAUUGAGAACGAGAUGGCCGACACCCAGGAGUUCACCAGCAUCCCGGCCUGCUAUUGGUGGGCGGUCAUCACCAUGACGACGGUGGGCUACGGCGACAUGGUGCCCAGGAGCAUCCCCGGCCAGGUUGUGGCGCUGAGCAGCAUCCUGAGCGGGAUCCUGCUCAUGGCGUUCCCGGUCACGUCCAUCUUCCACACGUUUUCCCGCUCCUACCUAGAGCUGAAGCAGGAGCAGGAGAGGAACAUGUUCAGGAGGGCACAGUUCUUGAUCAAAACCAAGUCGCAGUUAAGUAACGGGUCGCAGGACAGCAACAUUUUGUUUGGGAGCGUCUCCUCGGAGGCGCGAGACAACAACAACUGAAAUGACCGGUCACCUUUGCCCCUCACAGACAGCGGCUCUGCGGUAAUAGGCCUCUUCACGUUUGCUUCCGGAGCUCUCAAUGGCAGCAGCAAGAGGCAGUCUUAAGUCCAACGGGCAAGCUUCCCAAUAAAUAACAUUUGGGGGCAUUACCUCUGAAAAGGCAAAAAAAAAAAAAAAUCAUAUGGCAUCAAAGACCUAGCUUGUGCCAUCAUUUGUGUCAUAAAGCCGUGUACAUUUUCCCUACUUUGUAGUAGUGAUGAUCUCAAUUUCCAUCAAUAAAGAGAUGGGUUUUCUUUUU